AAUAUUCGCCCCCACAAACCAUUAAUCAAUUGAGAAUCUAGAUUAAUUACUCCAUUACUUGUCAUUCUUGUCAAAAGGAUUGAAAAUGGCUACCCACUGUUUGUAGUUUAUCACAUCGUGUCAAAGAAAGGUUUCGAUCACCAUAAAAUUCUUGUUAAUUUUCACUUUGAACUGUUGAAAAUUUGUUUCAUUUAGAUUCGAGUGAUUGAAAGGUAAAUGUUCAGACAAAAUGUCAGCUGGUCCUUACAAUUAUUCCUACAUUUUCAAAUACAUCAUAAUCGGCGACAUGGGAGUGGGGAAGUCAUGUCUCCUCCACCAAUUCACUGAGAAAAAGUUUAUGGCUGAUUGCCCCCACACCAUAGGGGUAGAAUUUGGCACCCGCAUCAUUGAAGUGUCUGGACAGAAAAUAAAACUCCAGAUAUGGGACACUGCUGGACAGGAACGCUUUAGGGCUGUAACAAGGUCUUAUUAUCGUGGCGCUGCUGGUGCUUUGAUGGUGUAUGACAUUACUAGGAGAUCUACAUACAACCACCUCAGCAGUUGGUUGACAGACACCAGGAACUUAACCAAUCCCAGUACAGUUAUAUUCCUCAUAGGAAAUAAGUGUGAUUUGGAAGGACAGAGGGAUGUAACUUAUGAGGAGGCUAGUAAAUUUGCCGAAGAAAAUGGUUUGAUGUUUGUUGAAGCUAGUGCAAAGACGUGAGUGUUUUUUAUCUAUUUAUG